UAUAUAUAUUCUCAGCCAAUGUGAAUGGUCGAUGGGCGGGUUGGUCAACGCAGGUUAAUCUCCUGUUUCAGUCUCCUGUUUCAGUCCUCUGUUUCAGUCCCCUGUUUCCACCUGGGUUUAGGGGCUGAGAAAUAGACUAGUUGAAAUAGACUAGUUGUUAGCUAUAAGUUACAGAAAUGUUGAGUAGUUUAGGGAGCGCUGGUGGGAAAUCUGCCAAACCUUCGUUUGUUUCUUAUGUGACGCCGGAGGAAAUCAAGUCGGAGAAGGAACCCUCCAGAAAAGAGAAACAUCCAGACUUGUUACCAGGUGAGGUGGUGUUCUGCAGUGCCAGUACAGUGUUGAAAUACACUCAAGAUGACCUGUCACAGCGAGGCGUCUUCGGGGCGCUGCUCUGCACCAACUUCAGAGUGUCCUUUGUCAGCGACGAGGCGCCCACUGAGGAGAUGGGCCAGCUCUUCAAAAAUAAACUCUACGGUGAAAAUGACAUCCCUCUUUCGUGUGUGGAUAACAUCUAUGGAGGUUAUGAAGACAAGAAGAAGCUGAUAACAGGAGGCCUGGUGAAGAACAAAUACCCGUCGAAGAUAAUCAUCCACUGUAAAGACCUGCGGGUGUUUCAGUUCUCUCUGUCCUUCUCCAAAGAGGAAGAUGCCAAAAAGAUCUUCCAAGGGAUUGUCCACCACUGUCUGGAGCCCAAGUCCCUGAGAUGUCUCUUUGCCUUCUCCUACUGCGAGAACACCUCAUAUCCAGAGCUGCAGAGGAAAAACCAGACUGUGAUGUUUGACUCCGUGGAGGACUGGACCCAGGACAUGAAGAGGACUAAAGGAAACUGUAGACUGGUCUCGGAGAACAGCAACUUUGAGCUCUCUCCAAAGUUGCCUCAGUUUUUUAUAGUCCCAACAAACGUCUCGGACGAAGACUUGACUAAGUACCAGGGAAAGGGAUUACCGAUGUGGUGCUGGUCUCAUCAUAGCGGCUGUGCCUUGUUUAAAACCGCCUCUCUACCCCUGAUACAAGAGGACAACGUCGCACAAACCUACACGGAGAAAAUGUUGACGGCAGUGGCUCACAACCACCUGUACUCAGUGAAGACCGAAGACCUGUCCGACACACUUCCCGCCGUUCAGGACAUCCUGUUGUCUUACAACAGGUUCAAACAGUUCUUCCUCAUCGACAAUACGACAGAGUUCUGGAUGUCCGAUAUGAAAUGGUUUUCCUCACUCGACAACUGUGGAUGGCUGGACAUCAUCAGACAGUGUCUCCAGAAGGCUGUGGAGGUAGUCGAGUGCCUGGAGAAGGAAAACACUAAUGUUCUCAUUAUGGAGGAGGGCGGUUCAGACCUGUGCUGUGUGAUCUCCAGCCUGGUCCAGUUGAUGUUAGACCCCUACUACAGAACUCUUCUGGGCUUCCAGAGCCUGGUGCAGAAGGAAUGGGUGGCAGGAGGACAUGCUUUCCUGGAUCGCUCCAACCAUCUACACCUCAAGGACAAGGUGGAGAGCCAGUCUCCAGUCUUCCUGCUCUUCCUGGAGUGUGUGUGGCAACUGCAGCAGCAGCAUGGUCCGGCCUUCCAGUUCUCAGAGACGUACCUGACCGUGCUGUCUGACAGCGUCCAUGUUCCUGUCUUCACCACCUUCCUCUUCAACAAUGACAGCCACAGAGACAACAUACUCAGGGCCGAGUCGCCGCACAAACAAAGAAGCCCAUUGAACUACCCUACAGUGUGGGACUGGUCGGUGCAGUUUGACUGCAAGGCACAGGAUCUCUUCACUAACCCUUUGUAUGCCGAGAAGCCCAAGCAGGACACAUCUGUGAGGAAGUCAUACAGGCCCAAGCACCUGCGUCAGCUGUCCCUGCCAAGCUCAGCCUUGAAGACCCCUCCUAAGAAGGGCUUCUUUAAAGACGAGGCGGACAACCUGAAGAAAAUCCUCGGUGUAAAGAGGCUCAGUCGCUGGAUGCUGUCUCCUUCCUCAGACUCCCCUCAGACCUCCUCUUCAGUCAGGGAGUUCUACGAGGCAUGGCAGACUAAACCCUUGGACUACCACGGUCUGCUGCUGCCCUGCCUGGACGGUCCCUCCAUACGCGUCUGGAUGCAGAGGUACCUGCGCUGGAUCCAUGAUGUACAGAUCCUAGGAGGGGGUCCAGUGGCCAUGCUGAGUAAAGUCUCUGAGAUACUGGGGGAGGUUCAGGAGCUUCAGAGACAGCUAGACCGCCACGGCUGCACUUUAACCUCCAACCACAAGGGGGCGAGGCCAAGGGCCAAGACAGCGGCGGUGAACGCAGCCAGGUCUUCGGUGAGGCUUUCGUCGUCGUUCCCCUUCGUGACGUCGAGGAACUGGUCGUUCAAACCGGCCAUACCGACCAGCCUGCUUCAGAGCCUCAUGGUGACGGGGAUGGCAGGAAACCUGGCCGAUAGAGAGGAUGAUGACGACGACCCGGAGUCUCUGGUCUAGGAGUCAGUCCCCUCUGUCUAUCACAAACCCAAUGGGGAAGUGGGUUUGGUUGGAGGUCUUUUUACUGUACCUACCUACACCGGGACCUAAAAUGUUGGACCUUGUAUGUGUCUUGGUGCUCACUGCCCAAAGCCAUCGUUGACAAUGACCAUCACUCUUCCUGCUUUAGACAGAGAAGGUCAAAGCUAUAGCCUAAAUACCAUUUUGUGCACUACUGUGGUGAGCAACGUUUUUUUUUUUUAACCUGUUGCUCACAACCGAAACUGUGACUGAAUUAUGUCCCGUCUUAAAAGGAAAUGGCAUCUUUAAAGAAUUCCUAGCUACCCAUAGUUGCCUACUGUCCUGUUAAGAACCAUAGAGCUGUGCGGUCUAAAAUACAUAACUACUGUAAAGCACUGAAUAAUGAAUUACCAUUUGUAUGGCUUUUUUAUUUUAUUAUUAAAUAAAAAAAUGCUUGUCUCAUCGAUGGAAUACCAGAGGUUGCUUAAUGGUUUAGAAGCCGUUUUCUCUCUCUCUCUUGUGCUGCUUCCCAAUAAUCUGUGGACCAAAAUCACAUGUAUCUAUGCCAUAAGUGUACAGUAUGUGUUAACCAAUGAGGCCAGCUGUACGUUUUAUACUGCAGAAAGGGAGCUUGUGAACCAAUGAGGCCAGCUGUACGUUUUAUACUGCAGAAAGAGAGCUUAUUUUUUAAUUUUUUUUACCUUACAAGUUCUAUACUGUUUUAUUCCUAAUCUCUGUGGAAUGGAAUCCAAAGCCAAUAUCAUACUGUAUGUUUCACCGGAUGUAAUGUGAUGGUAGUAAACAUGAGGAAUUGAGAAGAAGGGGAAAGUGCUUUUUCAAAAAAACAACUUUUUAGGCAACUGCACAUUUUAACCUACUGUAACUCACUCACUAAUUCAUUCAUUCAUUCAUUCAUUCAUUCAUUCAUUCAUUCAUUCACUUACACCCCUCUACAUAUACAAUUAUUCUGUUCAGUUAUUCUUCUGCCGUAUUGUCUGAGAGAGGUUUCAAUAGCUUUACAACGUUGAUGUACAUCUGCAUAACUAUGUGUACCCAAUGUUUUUCUUUUCUUAAUUUUGUUUGUCAUUGAUUUGUUUUAUUAUUGUUAAUUUCAUAUAUUGGAUCAUGUUUUUCGUGAAAAAUACAAGAACAAUGAUCCUGGUCUUUUUUAAUAUGGUUGUGUUUUUAGUAAUUAUUUAGGUUUGAUAACUGGUAGUGCUGAGCGAUUUAACCAAAUUUAAAUUAACCGAUUUUCUGUUAUUUAACAAAUAAUUGACCGAUGUCGGUUAAAUUACUUGAAUUACAUUUGUUUCGUUUUUUUUUUUUUUUUUGGUGAGCCCAACACGCCGUUUCUCUAGAGAGAAAUUAAAUCAUUCACGAUAGAAAUCGGAGACAUUGAGUCAAGUUUUUUGGCUGAAGGAGUUUUCAUUAAGCACAUAUUCAACCUAGUUCAGCGCAGAAAUGUGGUAAUUAACUACAAUGACCAUAAUCCAUUGCGCCAGUUUUUUUUUUUUUCUCGGGUCAGAGAGGAAAAGGCGAAGCGAGAGUUUUAACUCACGACAAAAUUCUGUCCAAAUUUAGGACAAUGGGUUAAACAUGUCGCCUGCAUUCCCGCCUUUGGGGCAACGACUCGUAUUGUUAGGGUUGGAGACAUGAGCAUCUCGUCAUGAUAUACAGAUCUCUGGACGGAUCCACUUUAACGCCUGCUACGUUAGGAUAGAUUACACACUGACCACACAACACAACGAUGAGGGACAGAGACAGUAUGGGGAGAACAUAGAUAACUGUCUGGCUGACUGCUACUGCCUUGGCAGAGAUGAGAUGAUGACUUUUAAUAAAGAAUUUAAAAAAUGAUAAUGUCAUUAAAAUCAGACCUAAAAGAAGAUUUUAAUUUUAUUUGUCACGUGCCGAAUACAACGUGUCUAGACCUUAGAGUGAAAUGGUUAUUUACAAGCCCUUAACCAACAAUGCAGUUUUAAGAAAAUACUUCAAAAAAAGAGUAAGAGAUAAAAAAUUAAAGAGCAGCAGUAAAUAACAAUAGCGGGGCUAUAUACAGGGUUGAGGUAAUAUUGUACAUGCAAUGACAAAUGCUAUGCUAUGAAAAAAUGUUAUUUCAGAGUAAUUUACUAUAAUUAUAUUGAUGUCUACCCAAGGUGGACCUGACAGAGACCAUAUAAUAUUUACAAUGUUUUAGCAAUUAAAUGUUCACUGUUUUUGACUUUGGAAUUUUAAUUAAAAAGCUCUAAAAUCAG